GCGAUAGAGAGAGUUCUAGGCGUGCGCUCAGAAGCAGCUACGUCAGAACCGUCUCGACGCUACGAGGAGGGUCUUCACUAGCGGGAGCGAGCGUUGCAAUUUUUACUUCGUAGGGGGAGCGGAGCCUACCCAGACUGAGGCAGCAGCGUUGGAGAGCGUACGCGGUGGGCACAAGAGGCAGAUUUGUAGAGGCUUAGGAGGUUGGGCGAGAGCGAUAGGGCACCUGCUCGGAAAGCACACUAGCGAUUAGGCGGGGACUGGAGACUCUCGAGGGACAAGAGCGGAGGGCAUGAGGAGCACACUUCUUCCUAAUGGAGCACUGCCGCCACUGCCACAGAUGUCUGCCGAAGACCAAAGGAGAGUGAAAGCCCGCGAAGCUUCACAGAGGCAGUACAAAAGAAGAAGAGAGGAAAAAGAAGCUCACAAUCGCGCUGCGCAAGAGGUGGAGAAACGUUCGGCAGAGAUCCAGCUACCCUUGGGUGGUGAGCAUGAGCCGCUUGCAGUUGGCGCGAUGGGCCUGGAAAGCGGUGAAGCAUCCUCUAUCCUCAAUCCGUAUGCUCAAGAUAACAUCGACCCCGAAGAGGCCAGGAAAGCUAUUCAGAGCUACGUCGCUGGAAUGAAGCGCAUCGACAGCACUCUAUUGGGUACCGCAAGACACACGGCUGCACAGCUGCUGAUCGACACUUUUCUGGCAACACCCUACGGUAAACUAGCACGGUUGAAGCUCCUGACAGACGGGAAGGCUUUCGUCCCCCUGUUCCUUUCAGAGCAGCAAGCUAAGGAAAAGACAAAGUCGAUGCUCUCGAGCGUGGCACAGCUUGUGGAAGACAGCGGAGGUGUGGUAAAGAGGGCCAUGCUGAUGAAAAAGUAUGACCGCAUUUAAGAGUCAGCACAGGUUUAUGAUCCCACCUGGCGACCUGGCGGGUGAAUUUGUACCUUACGCCACGGAAAUGGAAGAGACAAUGAUGUACAUCCUACGAGCUCUCGACAGUUCAGGGUACGAUCACAUCCUGGUGGAGAAGAGUACUUGCUUGGUCAGCCUCUUCAAAAUCUUGGCGCAGGCGAGCUGGCUCGGUAGUGAUGCUUGUGAUGCGGGUGCGCGGAGGUUGUUCACGCGCGGUCACCUCCCCGGAGCCCCCUGAUGGAAGUUAUUUUGACUCGUUCAUUUCACACAGAUUUUCAUACCAUGUACCACCCCGAUGCAAUGCCAAACACUUCAUCACCUCCCGCCUCCUCUCAACGAUCGCAGAUUUUGCACAGGGACCAACAUCUGCAGAAAAUCAACGAACAGCUGGACGGCAAAGGCGGAGCUGCCACUCGAAAUAACACUCGACGUCAGCCGCCUCCGUAUUCCGCCCUCUGCUCGUUCCAACCGGGGACUAGCCUUCGCUGUGUGGCUGGCAGUCACUUGGUCAACAGCAGGGAAUACAAGAAGGAGGACGGUGUCGACUGCCCACUACCACUGGGAUGGGGGCUGUUGUGGCACGGGCUGUUCGUCCAUGCAGGCGCCGAAUGCUCUGUCCCAUGGCACGCUCGACUCCACAUGUACCUUCGCGUGUUGGGUUGUUCGGAUGCAGUUACCGGCAAGAUUGACUUGGCCGAAGCGUCCUAGGGGUGAAGGCAUCUCUUCGUCUUGUAGUUUUUAUUAGGCGUCCGUCUCUUGUGAUGGCGAUCUGGCCGAGGGCGGGCGUAGCUCCCAGCGCCUGUUUGAAUUCCAAAGAGCAAGGCAAAAAAAGAAGUCGAGCCAAGCGGGAAAACUCAGUGCGCCUCUCGGGGCCUUUGGUUGCCACCGGAACAGAGGGUAGGUUGGGUAACGAUGGCGCAGUCGCCUUUGAAAAAAAUUGGGGCGAGUGGUACAGGCGGUGCCGAUCUUCAAAUUCAUGCAGCUUUGACGCGGUUGGAACUUUUCGGCUCGCAGGAGACAUGGGUCUCCGCCGUAGAUGAGUUUUUUCUGAUGUUGGUUCCAAUCCCGAAGAGAUCAAGGCUGGUAUUAAGAGAGAU